AAUUUAUUGUCCACUAUAAAUGUAUCAUUAGAAUUCGUCAUUAGUGUUCAUAAAAGGGCUAUCAUCUACCACACAUCAAAUAUUGCUACUGUCGUAAUUUAAUAGUACUACAGACACUGACUGGUAAAUCAUAGUCGGACUGUAAAAAACUUAAAAUUAGGAGAAAACUGUAUUGUAUUUUAAGCUCCGAUUGCAUCAAUUGGGGAUUUGAUGGUCGCAAAUUAAGUUUACUGACGACGCGUUAGUUCUUCAUGAACUAAAGAGGAACGAAUAAACUUCAUACAGCUAAGAAAUAAAAAAAACCGAACUGAAUGGAUACUUGAAACCUACAUUUCAAUUCUGUGAAACGAUGAGGAAGGAAUUAAAUAUGAGGAUAUACACGAGUACUUUACUGUGUAUGAAACAUCCAGCCUCUUGAGACUUUAACUUCCGGACUGUUUCAAGUGAUAAACAGAAACACAAUUUGAAAUAAGGAAGAAAUUAUUAAAGAUUAGGAUAUCAAAUAUCUUGUAUGUAAAAAGUUGUUAAAGAUACAACUCUAAAGAAGGUAUAAGACAAAAAAUGUUGUUUGAAAUCCUGCUUGGAGUUGUGACAAUCAUCAUCUUUAUAUUAUACGGUUACAUCACGAAAGAAAAUUUGAAAAAUCUGCCACCUGGACCGAAAGGGGUAUUUUGGUUCGGAUUAAAGAUAGAUAUUCCGAACAUGCAUUUAGACUUUACUAAAUGGUGGAAAGCUUUCGGAGAUGUAUUUGAAGUGAAAAUAUUUGGCAGAAGAAUAUUAGUAUUGAAUAGUCCAGAAACUAUCCGAAAAGCCUUCGAUUCUGAGGAGUACAAAACCCAACUGAACCAUAGACCGCCAAAUUUCAUUGGCUACAAGAUCUGUAACCAAUAUAAGUGCGUUCUGCUACGUAAAUAUGACGCUACAUUCUUAGCUAUGAAGAAAGAAAUGAUCCAAUCUAUGGAUUCCCAUGGGUUUCAGUCGGAGCAUUUCCGGUCACUUGCGGCAGACAUGAUGAAUGAUGUUGUGAAAGAUUUCACCGACUUGAACGGGCGACCUAUUGACCCCAUUAAUGUUCUUCGCCCGUCAUUCUGUAAAAUGAUAGGAACCUUGUUUGCAGGUUGCUGUUCACACAGACUGCAACAACAUGUUGCUGACUUUGACAAUCAUGGAGACCAAAUGAUCAAACCACAGAUCCAUGGAGUGUACAAAAAGUUUCCAUGGAUACGAUGGAUUCCCUUCCAGUUUUACCAACGUCUUUAUAAGCUUGUGCAAAAAAUUAAAAAAGAUUUACAAAAAGAACUGUUAUUUGAUUUAAGGAACACUUAUAACACCAAAGAUAUCAAAUGUAUGGUCCAUCAGCUAUUUAGAUCACAGGAUCUUCAGACCUUAGAAAAAGGAAAGCCUUGGCUUACUGAUGAUCAUAUUCAUGGAAUCGCCAUGGAUUUAAUAAACACAUCUAUUUUAACCACAAAGGCUGUCAUGUCGGGAUUCAUAUUUCUAAUGCUCCAUUUUCCCGAAAUGCAGCAGAAAAUUCAAGACGAGAUUGACGAUGUGAUUGGACAAGAUCGUCAACCGGAAGUGGAUGACAGAAAGAACACGCCAUAUAUUCAAGCCUGUAUAUAUGAAUGCCUUCGGUAUCAGUCUCAUCUGCCCCUUACGGCGCCCCACUUUAACAGAAAGAAAGUUGAUAUAUUUAAGUUCACAGUUCCACCUAAAACCAUUAUAUUUGGAAAUCUGUUUGCCUGUCAUCACGACGAGAAAUUAUGGGACGACCCAUGGACAUUCAAACCAGAGCGAUAUCUGACAGACGAUGGCCAACUCAUUGACAAAAAUCAUCCAAAUAUGAGAAACUUAAUUGCUUUUGGAGUCGGAGAGAGAAUGUGCGUUGGAUAUGAAAUGGCGCUAGAUAGAAUGUUCCUGUAUACCACAUACAUAUUGCAAAAAUUCUCCUUCGUUGUUCCGAAUGGAUCGCAUCUAAAGUCACAUGACCCACGCAAAAUGGUUUCCGCUUCACCAGUUCUGCUGCCACCGCCCUAUAUGUGUCGGGUUGUGAAGAGGAAGGAUAUAGGAAAAGAAGAAGUUGAAUAAAGGUCAAUUGGAUUCACAAACAUAGCUUUUGUGCUCAUAGUGCAAUAAAGUUUUCCCACCGUUUUAGGAAAUGGAUGUAGUACGACAGUUGCAACAAAACAAUUAUUUGAACAAUGAAAAAAACGUAUUUUUUCCGUAUUAAUAAUCGUCUGCAUUGUAGAAUGCUCGUUUUGCUUACACAAAAUGUUACGCAAGUGAUUGCAAGUACAAUUCUAAAAAUAUAAAUGUCUAACCGAGAUAGACUUUAAAUUAACAUCUGCAUGUCAGUCAUUGUUUAAAUCAUACAUCUGCUAUGAAAAGUGCAUGAGUUUUAGUGUAAAUAUACAGACGAAAUUGUUUCUAAAUUGUUAUGUAGAUAUUUUUAAUUUAUGUUGUCAUGGAAAUAAAAUGUAAAUUGUG